GUUAUUUCUAUUGUCUUAUUAUCUAGGAUGCAAAAAUCUGAGGCCAUUGGUUGUCUUAUUACACAAGUAGACAGUAGGAAUGAAUAUAUAUAGAAAAACAGGACAAGAAAUGAACGGAUAAGGAGCCAACAUCGAAAGACAGUUGCAUAAUCCACAACCUGAUCCAGUCCCAUGAGUCUGUCAGUCUCCUUUUCUAUUUCAAACCCCUCUCCUCUCUUUCCCUUAAAGCCAACACCUCCGUUACGACGCUGCUUCAAUUUCAGUCCCCGAGCAUCUCAACAACACAAGAAAACCGGAGUCGUGGUCAUUGGAGCAGGCCUUGCUGGUCUUGCCGCCGCCACCCACCUCCACUCCCAGAAGAUCCCCUUCCUCCUCCUCGAAGCCUCAGACGCCGUAGGUGGGCGUGUCCGGACGGAUGUUGUCGAUGGUUUCCUUCUCGACCGAGGCUUUCAGAUCUUCAUCACUGCCUACCCGGAGGCCCAGAAACUCCUCGACUACAACGCAUUGGAGCUCCAGAAAUUCUUUUCAGGUGCACAAAUUUACUGUGAUGGUCAGUUCCACACCGUCGCUGAUCCUUUACGCCACUUUUGGGAAUCCCUAACCUCCCUCUCUAACCCAGUCGGGUCGAUCCUGGACAAGCUCCUCAUCGGGUGGACCAGGGUCCAAGUCGUUGGCAGAUCAGAUGAGGAGAUACUGAGUUCCAGUGAAGUUUCCACUCUGAAUCUGUUGAGAAACAUUGGGUUCUCGAAUUCCAUCAUCGAACGAUUCUUCACGCCUUUCUUUGGUGGGAUUUUCUUUGAUAGAGAGCUCGAAACGACUUCCAGAUUGUUCAAUUUCAUCUUCAAGUGUCUCGCCUUUGGUGAUAACACUCUUCCUGCCAAGGGCAUUGGAGCCAUCCCUAAUCAAUUGGCAGCGAAAUUGCCUGCGAAUUCGAUCUUGUUAAACACAAAGGCUGUACUGGUUGAUUUCGGUGAAUCGAAUUCGCCGAAUGUGAGGUUGGAGAACGGAGAGGUAUUGGAGACUGAGAUUGGAGUGAUAGUGGCAGUUGAAGAACCACAAGCGGGUAAGCUUUUCGCCGGAAAGAUCAAACCGGUUCAGCCCAAACCGGCUCGGAGCACAGUUUGUUUAUAUUUCUCCGCUGACCAAGACAAGAUCCCAGUGGGUGACCCGGUUCUGUUACUGAACGGGACGGGUAAGGGCAUUGUGAACAACAUGUUCUUUGCGACCAAUGUGGCUCCAUCAUAUGGCCCACCCGGGAAGGCUCUGGUAUCGGUUUCUUUGGUCGGCUUGUUUGAGAAGGAAUCCGAUAAUGAUCUAGCGGCUAAGGUUGUUGAGGAGCUUUCGGGAUGGUUUGGACCAUCGGUGGUCGGGUCAUGGAGCCACUUGAGAACAUACCGGAUCCCGUUUGCCCAACCGAAUCAAUGUCCCCCAACCAAUUUGAUGAAGGACUCUCGGGUCGGAUGCGGGGUAUAUGCGUGUGGUGAUUAUUUGGCUUCGGCUACUUUUGAUGGCGCCUUGGUUUCGGGUAGGAAAGCAGUAGAGGCUUUAACAAAAGACAGAGUCCUAACUCCAGUUUAAAAGUUCAAUUUGUUUUGGGAUAAAUAUUGAAAAAGUUUAUAUAUUUUCCAAAAAAUCUAAACAAGUUUGCUGUAUUUUUUUUUUGGACUAAACAAAUCCUUUCAAUUAAAA